AUGAUGUAAUAGAUUUAAUUCUUUGAUAAUUUGGCAACUUUUGCAGGCUCUUCUCUUUAAAAUCAUAUUAAUCUAAGUGUUGAUUUCAAUUAUUCAAGUUUUCAGGUAAAAGAAGCUAUUUAAUUAAGCUCGUCUUUAGCUAAAUGCAUUAAUCUUUUGAAAUUGGAACUAUUACUUGAUAAUAAUAAAUUUGGUUCUUAAGGUGCAUCAACCAUAGGAAAUUCCAUAGCAAAUUGUUCUAAGCUUUAAGAUUUGAUUAUUAGCUUAAAAGACAAUUAUGUUGGCAAUGAAGGUAUAGCAAGCUUGUGUUCUUCUUUAGUAGCCUGUAAUCAACUUUCAAAUUUAAAACUAGAACUUAAGAGUAAUCUAAUUAGUGCUAAGGGUGCAUCAGAAUUAGGUAUUUUUAUUGCUAAAUGCACUAAUCUUUAACAAUUAAACCUAGAUCUCUUUGCAAAUAAAAUCGGAGCUGAGGGUGCAUAAAGCCUAGGCUUUAGUUUAAAAAACUGCUCUAAAAUAACUAAACUGGAUCUUAAUCUUUACAACAACUUUAUUUAAAGUGAGGGUGCAAAAUAAUUAUGUUCUGGAUUAGCAUAAUGCAACAAUCUUUCAACUUUGAGAAUUUGCCUUGAUAACAAUAAAAUUGGUGAUUAGGGAAUAUCUGACUUAAGUUUAUCUUUAGCUAAUUGCACUAAUCUCUCGAAUUUAAGUCUGAAUGCUAUAAAAAAUCAAAUUCUGACUAAUGGUGCAAUCGGUUUAGCUUCUGGCUUGUCAAAAUGCUCAAAUCUAACAGUUUUAUUGCUUAACCUUGAUAUAAAUGAAAUCGAUGAUGAGGGUAUUUCUGAAUUAGGUUUUGCUUUUGUAAAAUGUAUUAAACUCCAUAGCUUGCGUCUUUACCUUCUUAAUAAUGAAAUUAGUGACAAGGGAAUUUUAAGUUUACAUUCUUCAUUAGCAAAUUGCUUUAAUCUUUCAGAAUUAAGUCUUUUCUUGAGUAAAAAUAAAGUGAAAUAAGCAUCAUCAAGAGAAUUAAGAAAUAAAUUUCUUAAGUUAAAAAGAAUAGUUGUUAAAGCCUAUGAUAUCUGA